AUGUCCUACGGAGACGCUAUCCCUGAGGUCAAGGCCAUCUUGGAAGCCAAAAACGAGGAGGAGCUCGUGACUUUCACGUCAAGGUGGAGCGCAGAGGAGCGCAAGGAGCUUCGCACGCAGUUCCAGGAUACCACCGGGCUGGAGUUCAUUGCUUUCCUCAAGAAGUGCAUCAAGAAUGGCCCAUACGAGGAUGUUAUGGCUCUCGGUUGGGACUGCAACAUCAGCGCUCGUGUGAACGUUAUCAAGAAGGCCAUGAAGAAUGUUAACGACUUCCGUGCUAUCCACGACGUCGUUCUUAUUGCCACGCCCGAUGAGCGCCUCAAGCUGGCCCAGGCCUACAAAGAGAAGACCGGAAAUGACCUCCUUCAAGACUUCGUGGACCAGAUACCCCUCACCUCUGCUGCGAGCUACCUCUGCCACCUUGCCAUCAGAGAGAACCGUACCCCCCGCGGAUCGGUGGCCAGCGAUGCCGAGGUUCUAAAGCACAACCUCAUAGAUGCAGACGAGCCCGACCACGAGGCCGUCGUGCGUCUGAUUAUCACGAGCACCGCCGACGAGUACAAGGAGAUUAACCACAGGUUUGAGGUCCUUACGGGCAAGAGCGUCCAAGAGGCAAUUGAGACAAGGUAUGCCGACAAGGAGAAUGCUAGAGGUUUGUGCAUUGCACACUACUACAAUUUGGCCCCUGCUCGUGCUGUCGCCUACGCGUUCCACAGCGCAGUAGAGACGCAGAACGAUGAUAUGGCCUACGAGCAGGCUGCCCGCAUCACCGGGCUCUUCCAUGAUCUUCACAAGUUCGCCUGGGUCCACUACGCGUGCUGGGGCGUUAUGCGCGACGACAUCCUCAGCAGAUUCCAGAGCAAGGAGGCCAACAAGGUUAACUUCCGCGAUGCAUGCCUCAUGUUCUGGAAGCUUGCUAAAUGA